AGAAACCGAUUUAUUCCUAUUAUUUUGCUUUUUAAUGCUAUGAUUAAUUUCUUACCAUUGUAACGUAAGAAAAUUCUUAUAAUGAGACAAAAAGAAGUUCAUAAUACUAAUAUGAUGUGCAAUGUUGAUGAAAUAUACAUUAAUGAAAAUUUUAAGAUAGCCUUUGACAUCGUGAAUUCAAACUCUUUUCCUAUACUAAGUUACAUUGACACCUAUUAGCUAGUUUUCAGUUACUAAUGUAAGAAACUAAAGAGCAGAAUAAAAAUUUUAUCCCCAAAUCCUAUCAUCUCCUUUUUAAACUUGUAAAGCAUAAGACCUUGAAAGAGGAACCACGUGAGGAUUCUCAACUACGCAGACACACCAAUCAUGUUAUUGUUAAAUUUUGCUAGAGCGGGAAACCGCUACUUGAUAACGAGGAGGGUGGUCGGUUUUUAUUGUUUUUCGCGGAAGCAGUCAUUUGUGAUCAUGGAAGCAAAGGGGAAAUCCGUUUACGAGGAAGCUGUAUAUGCUCUGAAUGGAUUACAAAGUAAUUCUGCUGUUAUUCAGAAGGCCCGAGAAGAGAGAAGCACUAAAGCAUAUCUUAAUCUAGUAGAUACAGAAAGGCAUCUGAAAACUUUGGGUGUAAAUCUUGAAGAUUUGGAUGCCUUGAAUAUAAUACAUGUUGCUGGCACAAAAGGCAAAGGAUCAACAUGUGCUUUUACUGAAGCUAUUUUAAGAAAACAUGGCUUUAAAACAGGGUUUUAUAGUUCGCCACAUCUUAUAUCUGUAAAUGAAAGAAUUCGUAUUAAUGGCAAACCAAUCUCUAAAAAAGUAUUUGCUGAAUAUUUUUGGAAGGUUUACAAAAGCAUUCAGUCAAAUUUAAAGGAGGGCGAAUCAAUGCCACCAUAUUUCUUAUUCCUCACUGUAAUGAGUUUCUAUAUAUUUGUUAAAGAACAGAUUCAAGCUGCUGUAAUUGAGGUUGGAAUAGGAGGUCUGUGGGAUUGUACAAAUAUUAUUAGGAGACCAGUUGCUGUUGGUAUUACUACUCUUGGCAUUGAUCAUGUCAAUAUAUUAGGAAAAACUCUUGCGGAAAUAGCUGAACAGAAAGCUGGUAUUCUCAAGCCAAAUGUUCCAGCUUUUACUGUCCCUCAGCAAGAAUGUGCCAUGAGAGUUCUUCGUGAGAAGGCUGAAGUUGUUAAGUGUCCUUUACUCUUGUCACCGCCUGUGGAAGCUUAUGAAAAUACAAUAUCUCUAGGAAUUCAAGGAAUAGUGCAAAAUGUAAAUGCAUCUUUAGCUCUUCAGUUAACAAAUACUUGGCUGAGGCAAUCAAAAGGUCUAGAGCCUUUACAAGACAUCUAUCAUAAUUUUUCAAGCAAACCUAUAAAUGGUGAAUCUGACCAUAUACCUAUUUUAAUGGCUGACACUUUCCUUAUCAAUUCAAAUACUAAGGAAGCUUUGGAAACUUGUGUUUGGCCUGGUAGAUUUCAAACAGUGGAAAAAGGAAAAGUAAAUUUCUUCUUGGAUGGUGCUCAUACACAACAAAGCAUGAAAUAUUGUGCUCGUUGGUUCACUGAAGAGAGUCAGAGGCAUAGAGAACUUAGGGCCAACCAAACUGUUUUGAAAAUUCUUCUGUUUAAUUGUACUGGUGAGAGGAAAGCUGAAAGUCUCCUUGACCCUUUAGCUGACAUCAGUUUUGAUGUUGUCAUGUUUAGCCCAAAUCGGAUCAAUGUAAUGAAAGAUGCUUCAUCAGAUUUGAGUAAUUUCAUGGUGGAACCAGAAAAAGAAAUCCAGCAAUGCAUCACAAAUAAGGAAAUUUGGUGUCACCUCAUGAGAAGUUUAUAUGAAAAUGAAUUAAGUGCAUCAUCUGUCAGCAUCCAUGCACCAAGAGUUGAAACUAUAACAAAUGCUUCAAUGACUGAUAAUGCACUUUUGUUUCCUUCUAUUAGUAAUGCUCUCAAUUUCAUCUUUUCACCUGACUCUGUUUCAAAAAACGACGACAUUAAUGCAUCCUCAGUUGAUAGUUCCUUAUGCAAGCUGGUCAAAAAUGCUGAUCAUAUACAAGUUUUGGUUACUGGCAGCCUCCAUCUUGUUGGUGGAGUAUUAUCUUUAAUAGGUACUUGAUAUGCUUGUUAUGUUUGCUUGUUUAUUCAUAUGAAAUAUUUAUUUUUUUAAUGAAUUUUACUGUGAUUUUUAAAAAAUUUGUAUCCUUAAGUGCCUUUAUGACUUGAAUUAUUUUUGUAAUUAUUGUUUUUUAUGAUUGUUUUUUUUUAAUAAAACAUUUUUUUAUCUGUAA